AACAUGCCCAGCCCCGGUUCAGCUACAGCCAUGUCUCUGACCAAGGCCGAGAGGACCAUCAUCAUGUCCAUGUGGGGCAAGAUCUCUGCCCAGGCAGAUGUUGUGGGCACCGAGGCCCUGGAGAGGCUCUUCGCCAGCUUCCCCCAGACCAAGACCUACUUCCCGCACUUCGACUUGCACACCGGCUCAGCGCAUCUGCACGCGCACGGCUCCAAGGUGGUGGCCGCCGUGGGCGACGCGGUCAAGAACAUCGACAACAUCGCCGGCGCCCUGUCCAAGCUGAGCGAGCUGCACGCCUACAUUCUGCGCGUGGACCCGGUCAACUUCAAGCUCCUGUCCCACUGUCUGCUGGUCACGGUGGCCUCGCACUUCCCCGCGGACUUCACGGCCGACGCCCACGCCGCUUGGGACAAGUUCCUGUCCGUCGUGUCCAGCGUCCUGACCGAGAAGUACCGCUGAGCGCCGUCCAGGGACCGCAGAGGACAGGCCGCGACCCCUCCCCAAGCCCCCUCCUACCCGGUGUCGCGCCAAUAAAGAAA